AUGAAGGAUUCUGAAGCCACCUACUUGGCUGCCGUGAAGAAGAGUCAGACCAAGGACGGCCCGGAGGAUAAGGCCCACGCCGCAAAGCACACGAAGCCCAUUGAUUUGCAAGCGCUGAAUCCUGAUAAGGAGGAAGGCCCACUGAAGGAAGGCGCGCUCCAACAACGCCCACGAGCUCCUGUCAACGCCGAGCUCAAGGAGAUUUUCUACACCACCAAGCACGAGUGGUACACGAAAACUCGCGAACGACGCCUGCAGGAUUACGUAAAGAAAGUCGCCGAAUCAAAGGACAAACCCUAUUCUAGCAAUUAUCUUCUCUGCCUCGAACAUUCCUCUGUUUAUACAGUCGAUUUGCGGCGCUUUUCUCCCCGUCGUUUUGGCGUACGGGCUUACGUUGAUGCCCUGGAACAGGCAGUAAUCGACUGUGUCAGCGAGGAUUUCAAUAUUUCGGGCGUCGGGCGCAGUCGGGAUAACACAGAUUGUCGCAUGCGGUAUCCACGGCGC